UCUCUGCAAAAAACCCCAGUCCUUCACACCGCCGAGCUGCACCUCUCUCUAUACCGCAGAACUACUAUCAUUGAAUGGAACACGGCAGAUUUCUACAUUUAACUCAAUUACACUGAAACGAGUUGUGUUUUGCUUGUUUUAGUAGAUUUAAGCUAGUAUUACCGUCGACGACGAAAAAACUGCGCUUAUAUUUUGAAAACUUGCUGCUUCGGUUUUUAAUGUGAGAUUUUCUCAGUGAUUAUUAUCGCUUCUUGUCUGUCACUGACACCCAAAUCGUGGUUUUGUUUUUGUGUUGUUAAUUUAAAUGCUGUAGCUUAACAGGCAGUUUGCUAAACCAGUUAUCCAUCAGCGACUCUUCAGUUGCUGAACACAAACAGAAACACGGCUUCAGCACUGAGGUAGCACAGGAGGAGGAAAACCCCCAAAACUCAGAGGACAUGGAGUCAACCAAAGCUGGAGGUGUAAUAGCCUACAUCAGCUCGUCCAGCUUUGGCUCUGGCUCUAGCCCGGAGUCGUGCCACAGCGACUCCUCCAACGGCAGCUACCAGUCGUCCUCCCCGCCCCACGGCUCCUCGCCCAGCCGCCACCAGCCGGGUCAGCGGGCUGACCCCUCGCUCCCCACCGGCAGCCAAAACCUUCCAGGGACUAAGAAAAGCGGACGCGCCUCCUCCACUGCAAAAUGUGGCAUCACGAAAAUCAACGGCCUGGUGCUGCUGUGUAAGGUGUGCGGCGACGUGGCCUCUGGUUUCCACUACGGCGUCCACGCCUGUGAGGGUUGUAAGGGCUUCUUCAGGAGGAGCAUCCAGCAGAACAUCCAGUAUAAGAAGUGCCUUAAGAAUGAGAGCUGCCCCAUCAUGAGGAUCAACCGGAACCGCUGCCAGCAGUGCCGCUUCAAGAAAUGCCUGAUGGUCGGGAUGUCCAGAGACUCUGUGCGCUUUGGCCGAAUCCCCAAGCGUGAGAAACAGCGCAUGCUGCUGGAGAUGCAGAGUGCCAUGAACAACAUGAUGAACAACAGUCAGCUGCACAGCCAGCUCCAAAGCAGCCAGACGCUACCUAUCGGCAAACCUCUGCCGGCCAGUGCCACGGAACCUACCUCAGAGGAUGCCGACCCCGCCCCCUCCAGCUCCACAUCCUCCUCAUCGCGCUCCAGCCAAUCAGACUCAGGCUCUGACCCCGAACCCACCAUGGCCAUGGACACCAGCCCCAGCUCGGCCUCGCCCGGCACAUCGGACAGCGGGGAGGAGGAGGUGAUCGGCUCCGUCACCAGGGCCCACCAGGAGACCUUCAUGUACAACCAGGAGCGGAGCAGCCUGAUGGCCGAGGCCCCGCCCAGCCAUCAGGCGGGCCCCCCAAACACUGGCUCAGCCAAAAACAUCCCCAACCUCCGGACAGAGGAGUGCCAGGACACCUGGAACCACCACAAUAACCACCACAAUAACCUGGUCACCAUGGCAGCACAGGAGCCCCCCACCUCCAGCAUGGGCCCCCAGGUUCAGGAGGUCACCACCAACAACCACUGCCCCUUCAGGCUGUCCAGGAGGGCCGCCACCAGCCACUGCCCAGCCUACACACAUGGAGCUUUCGGAGCUUCGUCCUCAGAGGGCCCCGCCCACGGAGCCUACAACGGGCCCCUUUGGAGAGGAGGCAACCGAAUGCAUCUGGUUUGUCCGAUGAACACCUCUCCUCACGUGGACCCUCACAAGUCCGGCCACGAGGUGUGGGAGGAGUUUUCCCACAGCUUCACCCCCGCCGUCAGGGAGGUGGUGGAGUUCGCCAAGAAGAUCCCCGGCUUCAGAGACCUGUCCCAGCACGACCAGGUCAGCCUGCUGAAGGCUGGCACUUUUGAGGUGUUGGUGGUUCGCUUCGCUUCCCUCUUCGACAUGAAGGACCGCACCGUCACCUUUCUGGGUGGGAAGAAGUACAGCGUGGACACUCUGAGGGCCAUGGGGGCCGGGGACCUCCUCAACUCCAUGUUUGACUUCAGUGAGAAGCUCAUCAACCUGGGCCUCAGCGAGCAGGAGAUGAGCCUCUUCACCGCCGUGGUUCUGGUCUCUGCAGAUCGCUCCGGCAUCGAGAAUGUGAACUCGGUGGAGGCCCUGCAGGAGACUCUGAUCCGCGCCUUGCGAAGCCUCAUCACCAAGAACCACCCCAACGAGUCGGCCAUCUUCACCAAGCUGCUGCUCAAACUGCCCGACCUGCGCUCGCUCAACAACAUGCACUCGGAGGAGCUGCUGGCCUUCAAGGUCCAUUCCUGAAGAUUCCUCUCGUAUACUUGACGCCCCGACACACAAACUGUAACGGCCCCGUGACCGGACCUGAAGGGCCACACGGACCAGCCAGCGCCGCCCCACUCAACCACACCUGCACCUCCACACUUCUCCCAUGAGAAACUUUGAGCUUCAGUUUAGAAAUAGAACUAAAGCUCAAACCUGACAUUUAAAGGGGGGGAAGAAAGACCAUAAGAUGUUCUUGUACUGUACUGUAGGGCGUAAAAAGCCUGUGUGAUGGUAAUGCAUACAUACAGACACACUGAUUGAUGUAUAUGUUUCUUGUGUUUGUGUGUAGCAUACUGUAUGUUUGCAACUGUACAAACAUUAGAAGCACUUUUCUGUAUAGUGUAGACUGAUAUUUUUUGCAUUCAUAGUGCAAUAUGUGACUGCUUUAUUGAUUUUAGCUGUAUAGUGAGGAGUCAAGAAACUUGUGUAUGCUUUCGGUGGCAAACGUUCAUUUGAAUAGGUGCUGUGCUCAUGUGAUAAGGGGGAAGUUGUAGAGCUUGAAAAGAAAAAAAAAGCCCGGACACUGAAAGACUGACGAGUUAGUAUUCUCUUUAAAAAUAAAAGAAACAAAAAAAAAAAAGCAGAGGACAAUGAGAGGAAUGUGGGACGUAAAGCUGCUACGAGUCCCAGAGAAAUCCGUUUUAAUCUGACUGAAUUAUGGAAGCAAAAGAAAGCGUCGUCUUGCAGUUGUUGCUAUGCUGUGUUUUUUUGUCUGUUGCGGGUCAUUUUUCUGAAUUAUUUGGGCAUUGUAACAAAUCAAAUGUAUGGGUGUCACUCUGCUGCUUGCUGAUUUCUACUCAUGGAUGUGUAGAAAUUCAUAUUUUCCAUUCUCUCUCUCACUUUUUUUUUUCUUGAAGAAAAAAAAAAAAAAAAAAAUUCUGAGAUCUCAGUGUCUGUAUGUGUCCCAGGUCUUGUUGACUUCCUGCCAAGCAGUCGGAGUCAGACAUGUGAUGUUGCUGUCGGACACACUGGGUGCCGGAGAAAAAAACGUCUUGCAGCUCCCACUUGCUUGAAUGAACAUUUCUGUUUUACAAAACUGUACAGACUUUUAGCUGAGUGUUGUUAAACUGAAUAGGUAGGACUAUUCCGCUUAAAAUAUGAUUGUAAUGUCACUGAUUGUAAUUUAAAAGAAAAUAAGCUGAGUCGAGGUGACAGCUGAGUUGCUGAUGUUCAGAUAUUUUGCCAUCUUUUUCGUUCCUCGUCGAUGAAUCCAGAGUGUCUGGCCUUUUAAUAUCCAGAGCUUCUGUCAUUGUGUUAACAUUGCUGACAUGUGGUUCUGUUCUCCUCUGUGAAAGGAUUGCAGUAUGCGUAGAUUUCUAUAUAAAUAUAUACAUACUAUCAUACAUACAUAACUGUAUAGAUGAAUAUAUCUAUAUAAAUAAAUUUUAUAAAUGCA